CUUGAAGCAUGCUUACUCGGUUGUUACGGUCACGUCCAUCGGCUGUCCACUCCAUUGCGAACGCGUGGACUCGCCAUGGCUCGACAUUCGAGUCGCUGGGUCUGAGUCGAGAACUCUGCGAAGCGUUGCAUAACAAGGGGUUGGAAUCGCCUACGAACAUCCAAGAACGAACCAUUUCGGCGGCGCUCAAUGGAGCCGACGUGAUUUGCACGGAUGCCACCGGUAGCGGCAAGACACUGGCGUAUCUCCUUCCUGUUGUAGAGAAGAUUCGUCGGUCCGAGAAGCGGCAGCUCGUCCUAGCUCAACGGAACCGCGCGCAGCUGGAGGCCGCACACUCUGCAUCCACCCCCGACGACAUGCCCACUGAUGCCACCGCAACCAUCAGCCCAAGCCCAGUGGACACUGUGCGGCGCGAAGUGAGCCGGCCCAAGGCCAUUGUGCUCGUUCCCAGUCGCGAGCUCGGCAUUCAAGUCGGCGCCGUGGCGCGGGAGUUGUCGCACUUGGCCAAGUUCUCGUCCUGCAUCAUCACGGGUGGCAGCGAACAGAAGCCGCAAAAGGCCGCGUUGGGCCGGCCCAUCGACGUGUUGGUGGCGACCCCAGGGCGCUUGGCCAAGUACAUCAAGAGCGGCCACGUGUUUCUGUCGCGCGUCGAGUUUGUAGUCAUCGACGAAGCCGACACGCUGCUGGAUCGGAAGAUGGGGUUCCGCCCCAUCAUGGACGAGAUCCUGGGACCCAUUCGCGCGAGUGGCUUGGCGUCGAGUCGCCACGUGCAGUACCUCUUGGCCGCCGCGACGGUCAAGCCCCCCAUGGACCAAGUGUUUGCGUCGACGUUUCCCGACCUCAAGCUCGUGUCCGGCAAAGGCGUGCACCAAACCCCGCCGAGUCUCACGGAAGAAUACAUUCGAGUGCCGGGCUCGGCCGACAAGCACGGCGCGCUGCGGGCGUCCUUGUCGCAAUGGAGUAAAGGCAAGACGCUCGUGUUUUGCAACUCGACGGCCAGCUGCAGGUCCACAGACCACAUGCUGCAAGAGCACGGGUACCCGUCGACGACCCUACACGGAGACAUCCCCCCCGUGGUCCGCAAGAAGAACUUUGACGCGUUCGUGGCUGGCGACGCCACCGUGUUGGUAUGCACCGACCUGGCGGCGCGAGGCCUGGACCUCGUACAUGUCGAUCAUGUCAUCAACUUUGACUUUCCCAAAUCGUCGGUCGAUUACUUGCACCGAGCCGGGCGCACUGGACGGGCGGGAAAGCGAGGUAUUGUCACCAACUUGAUCACAAAACACGACGCGGCGACGGCGAGGGACAUGACGAUCGCAAAGGGCAAACUGCAGCCCAUCAUGGAAGUCACGACCCAAGUCAACUUGGCCAAGUACAAACAUGGAGCUCAUGCAGCGGUGGACUCGGCGGCAAAACGUGACGAGCCGUCGCGGGGGGCUCGAGGCACGCGCAAGUUGAAACUCAAGCCCCAUAAACUGCGAACGUUGCCUCGUCGUGCCAAGACGACACCAUCACUGUAACACAAAGGGUACUUAGGGCUAACUGUAAAACAAGAUUCCAUGGCAGCU